AUGGGGAUUCAGAGUUAUCUCCUCUUUGCCCUAGUUCUGGUCAUUGCUAAUGCAGUGGCAAGCAAUGCAGCUUUUCCAAGGAGUUAUGGAAUGUCUUUGAUCGACCGGAAAAGCGAUCCUUUAUCGCCUAGUUACAGAAUAGAUUCACUUAAUCGUAGCAGUUUUCCGGAUGGUUUCGUCUUUGGGGCAGCAUCGUCUGCUUAUCAGUAUGAAGGUGCUGCAUUUGAAGGUGGUAAAGGCCCAAGUAUAUGGGAUUAUUUCACACAUACAUAUCCAGAGAAGAUAAGUGAUCGUAGUAAUGGAGAUGUGGCCGUAGAUUCUUACCAUCGAUACAAGGAAGAUGUGGCCUUCAUCAAGGGAAUGGGUCUAGAUGCCUAUCGAUUCUCAAUCGCAUGGUCCAGAGUGUUACCACUUGGGAAUCUAAGUGGAGGUGUGAAUCAGGAAGGAGUAAAUUACUACAAUAACCUCAUAGACGAGCUGAAAAAGAAGAACCUUGAGCCUUACGCGACUCUCUUCCAUUGGGAUCUUCCUCAAUCCUUAGAGGAGCUGUAUGGUGGUUUCUUGAGUCCUCGAGUUGUGGCCGAUUUUCGUGACUUUGCGGAACUUUGCUUCAAGAAAUUUGGCGAUCGAGUGAAAAACUGGAUAACAUUGAAUGAGCCAUGGAGCUUUAGCAAUACAGGGUAUGCAACCGGUGACCUUGCUCCCGGUCGAUGCUCUUCUUGGCUACAAAAUAACUGCACAGGUGGAGACUCAGGCACUGAACCAUAUAUUGUGACACACAAUCAACUUCUGGCUCAUGCUGCUGCUGUAAAAUUAUACAAAGAAAAGUAUCAGAAGAAACAAAAGGGAAAGAUUGGGAUUACUCUUGUUUCAACCUGGAUGGUGCCUUACUCUAAUUCGCCUGUCGACCGUCGUGCUUCGAUACGAGCCCUAGAUUUCAUGCUUGGAUGGUUUAUGGACCCAUUGGUAAAUGGUAAUUAUCCUCUCACCAUGCGAGCUCUGGUUGGAAAACGGCUGCCAAAGUUCUCUAAAGAAGAAUCGAAGAUGGUAAAAGGUUCAUAUGAUUUUAUUGGCAUAAACUACUAUACCUCUUUUUAUGCAGCCCAUGAAUCCAACUCCAGUGUUGCAAACCCCAGUUACACAACAGAUUCCCGAGUUAAUCUUACAACUGAGAGGAAUGGGGUUCUUAUUGGUGUACAGGCUGGUUCAGAUUGGCUUCAUGUUUAUCCUAAAGGGAUUUGGGAUCUUCUAGUCUACAUAAAAAUCAAAUACAACAAUCCUAUUCUUCAUAUUACAGAAAAUGGGGUUGAUGAGGUUAAUAAUGCGACACUGCCACUCAAGAAAGCCCUCAUUGACAAUUUUAGGAUAAAGUACUACUAUCAACAUCUUGCUUUUGUUCUAAAAGCAAUCAAGAAUGGCGUCAAUCUAAAGGGCUACUUUGCAUGGUCAUUAUUGGACAAUUUUGAAUGGAAUGCCGGUUAUACUGUUCGUUUUGGCAUCAACUACGUAGACUUUAAUGAUGGAUUAAAAAGAUAUCCAAAACUCUCAUCCAAAUGGUUCAAGAACUUUCUAAAAAAAUAG